AUGCCUGUUACUGCUACAGGGACAGGCCGCCGCGAGGAACCAUUCUUCAACAUUGGUAACUCAGACACAAAUGUCAUCACCAAAGGUAAGGGAAUCCCUGACACCCACAUCCAAGACCAUGCCAACACGUCGCGUACUGCGCUAUCCAUGGCCAAUGGCAACGGAGUGCUAUUUACUGGAUCAAUUGAGAUCCCUUCUAUUGCAGAUAGUGCUACAAGGACUUCUGCACCAGUUGCUGAAUUGCAACGUCCAAAUUUUUUGGCUCUGGAUUUACAGUUACCAUCUCGUCAAAGUGGCAAAAAUAAUUACUAUGGCUCACUUGUGAAGGAAGAGAAACUGGACCAGAGUCUUUCUGAACACCACAAUAACGUUCCUAUUGCAAAUGAAAUCAAUGCUUCUGGGAAUAGUAUUGUUGGGAGACUACCUAACUUGGAUCUGAAUAUACUGCCAGACCCAGCUGAUUCACUCGAAGGUUUGCCUAAAAUGGAUGAAAGUGGGAGUGGGUUGUAUCAUCAUAGAACAAUUCAACAUCAGAAAGCUCAGCCUAUGGAUGAGCCCAAGUCUCUUAGCACCCCUAAUGCUUUAUUUGAUUCUGGGACUGCUGGAAGUUCCAAAAAGGUCAAUGAGGAGGCUCCUGCUACACUUGUGUCAGAUGAUGCACCAGUUGAGAAGAUUGUAACACCCAUGCCCUGGAAUGUAAAUCCUCAGAAUACUACAUCAGCAACUGUUUCUGGAAUUGAUCAGCUGCCAUCUAAUAAUUUGGUGAAGAAAGAACAUGAAGAAAUAUCCCAGCAGCAUAUUCUUGACGGUGCUGAAAGGGCAAAUCUAUCAGAACGACAAAGUGUUGGACUAGUUAUCAGUUGUGCUGAAUCUGAAAAGACUGAUAGUGCACCCCAAGGUCCCCGUAAAACUGGGUUUGAUUUGAAUUCUGACAUCUCUACAAAUAAUAUUAUCCAUAAUGGGCCUGAUGUAGCAGCAGUUAGUGUCCCAGUACCAGCUGAAAGUUUACCUGAUACUUCCCACGCCAAGACCAUGCCUGCUGUUCCUGAAGUUGACAAAUGUGUGAAUCCUGAAGAAUCCACAAGUGCUACCCCUAGUCUCCCUGUUGUAGAAACAGGAAGUGGUCAUACUACACUGUUGAUGGAAGCAAAAUCACUGCCUUCGCAAAGUAAUGUUGCCAGCCCUUCUGUUGGGUUAUGUGAAUCAUCCAGCCAGCCCACUGCUCAUGAGGAUACGAGACAGAGGUCUUGUGAUGCUAAUGAAUCUAGUGGUGCAUCACCAAGUUCCUCCAGUCCUCCAGUUGAACCUUUGCCUUUUAAUUCUCUGGAGAAUGCUAUUGUUGAUGAUGAUGAUGGUAAUACUGUUUCACGAAUUCCAACUACAAAUAAGCCUCAUGGUGAGCCAUUGGGGAAUGGCCCCCCAAUCAGCAAGGAUGGUAUCAAUACUGAUAACUUAAGCAAAGAGCUAAAGAAAGAACACGAUAGUGAUAUGCAUCAAGAUUGUUCAUCUAUGACAAAUAAGGUUAAUAUUGAUCCUAUUGAAGGUGGCAAGUGUAUUAAAACAAAAGUUGGUGUUGUCAGCCAUGCAGGUCAGCAGGGGCUCCGAAAUGAGGUUAUUGUUAGUGAAAACUCUAAAGGCAAGCAAUCUUUGAAUUCUGAUAAGAAUAUCCCAGUAAAUUAUACUGACAAUAGCAUACAUGAUGCUAAGACUGCCACAGGUUCCAGUACCACACAUCUCCAAAAGUCAUCAGCUUUGCCAAAAUCUGAUUCCCCUAAACUGCAACCUACCAAGCAUUCUCCUAAGACUUUAGAUAGCUGUCUUGAGAAGACUAGAAGCCCAGAUAUAAAGUCUCCAAAUGGUAUGCAAGCUGGAAGUUGUAGUGAGAACCAUGCAAAAAUUGCUGCUUUGAAGACAGAGCAUCAGACUAAAAGUGAAGAGGUCGGUAAACACUCUGAUUUGCGCCCAAGAGACUCUGUCCUGGGUGAAGACUCAGAACUUGAUGGCGCUUCAAGCAGUCAACAGCAUAGUGAAUAUGGCAAGAAGUCAGCGUCUGAAAAGUCAGAACAUGACAAAUCCAAACCUGACUCUUGUAACACAUCUCUACAGAAUGAAAAAGAUGGACAACUUGUUGGGGCAAAUUGGACACUGGGGCAUGUUUAUGUGAAUAGGAACGAAAGAUGGGAGAGAUUCAUGGAGUCCGAGCGAGAAAAGAACAAUGGAGAAUGCCAUGGUGGCAGACAUGCAUCUGAUGUUAUGAACAAACGAAUGACAAACCACCGUGGUGGUUGGCGGGGUGCUGGAUCCCGUGGCCAUCUGAGGAACUUCCGAGGUCCAAGAAUGAGCAAUGAGUUUGUUGAUGAAUCUAUUGGUGGCAGGAGGCGUUCAUUUGAAGAUGAACCUGGGCACAUCCGAGGUCCACAUAGGAGGCGUCAUUCACCACCACAUGGCUGCAUCAUGAGAGAGAUGGACAUUGACGAUUUCUAUGGAAGAGAGAUUCCAGACUCUAGGCUGCUGGCCCGUGGGCAAAUAGAAGAUCUCCCAGAUGACAUGAUGGAUGAUAGGUUUUUUAUGCCACAUUCCCAUAGACACCGUGGUCAAGGUGAUCAUGGAUUCAUCCACAGAGACAGGAGCCAUUCGCCUGCACACAGAAGGGGUGGCCAUGUGCAUUUCCAUCGGGGACGAUCACCUGAAGCGAUGCACAGAUCACCGCCACUAAUGCGAACUGACAGACCAUACUUGCCUCAUCGCCGUCACAACGGAAGCCAUGAUGAGAGAGAAGUCAUGCAGAGAAAUGUGAGGAGGUGCGCCAUGGAAGGUGAUGCCUUUGAGCCACCGCUACAUGCUGCUCACCUAGCUGGACUCCAUACAGAAGAGGAACUUGUGGGUAGAAGGAAGCAUAGGGAGCGGAGAGCAUAUCUUCAUUCUCCGGUCAGUGAUGAAGACGAGAUGCUCUCCUACCAGACAGAGGAUGACAUGGAAUUUGCUGAAGGAGGUGUUGGUCCACGGGAGCACGAUGGCCGCUUCAGGAACAGGAUGGGGCACAGCAGGGCAAGAGGAGAACAAGAGGAUGGGUACAGGCACCGUGGUGGUCAUCAAGGGUGGCGAGACAGUGACUCGAAUGACAGACCAAAAAGGAGGAGGUACUGA